AUGGCAGAGCCAGUGGUCACCCUCGAUGGUGCGAACAAGGUGAUGAGGUGGUGUUGGAUGGCGGAUUGGCGCUGCUUCGUGCCAGUCUGGUUCCCAGUGGCGGGGGAGGGCAAGUACCCGUUUAACCCGCUCCCAAAGCAGAUCAAGCAGGAGUUGGUCGAGUCGUUCUCCCACCUGCGCAGCGCCUUCACCGACGACGAGGCCCAGACAGCCAUCAAGCUGUUCGCGACCAAGCGCGGUGAGCGGCAGUGGCUCUACAACGAGGACCCAGACAUCGGCGAUGAGUUCCCUGAUAACGGCUGGGUCGUCAACAAGAAGACGGCGAUCGCCGUCGUCGUGGAUUGGCCGACGGGCCCGCUCGCGUGCGAUCAGAAGGGCGGCGACGGCGACGGCGACAAGCAGGGCAACGACUCCGCCACCGACGGCAACAAGCAGAAGGGCAACGGCUCCGCCAACGACUGGUACGACGAUCAGUACGGCUACAAGAAGGAAUACGACGACUACAAGAAGCAGUACGACAGCGAGUACAAGGAGCGCUUGGACGACCUUGAGACUGCGGGGAAGACGAGCGCAGGAGGGCUUGACCCAGGGUUACGGCUCGUUGUCACCAAGAAGGCGUUCAAGACGAUUUCAUCGAAACUCAUGGAGGAUGCAGUGGGGAAGGCGUGCAAGGCGGGUUUCAGGUCGGCCAUCAAGAUUGCCCAGGACCAGCAGCUGAACGAGAGUUCGCGUGAGCCUGGCAACUCGAGCACCUCGUUGCUCCACGCAAGCCUGAACCUCAUUAGCGCGGGCAAGCUGGCAACCUACCUCGCGUAUUUCGGCUGGAGCAGUUUGAAGCCACUCGCGGACCUGCGGGCGAGCAACCCGGGCGUCGGCGGCGCUACCCAGGCUUCCCUGGAGCUGGCCCUGGGCGCGGAGGGCCGCAGCACCCGGGCGCUGGUCGUGCCCCUGUGGGAGGGCGGGCGCCUGGGCUUCGAGGAGGAGUCCUUCAGCCUGGAGUUCCGGGACCAGCCGGAGGCCGUCGUGCGGCUGUGGCUGCACCCCGCCGACGGCGCCGGCAUCAGCGCGGCGGUCGGCGCCCUGGCGGGCGAGGCCGUGGUGCCACUGGGGCCAGAGCUGCGCGACUGCCAGCCGCGGAAGCUCCUCCUCCCCAUCUCGCGUGGUUCAGCUCAUGUGUGCGCGGUCUCGUUGCGCCUCUUCCUGCGCUACGCAGAGCUGCCGCCUGUGUCGGAUGAGGUGUUCCACCCCGUGCAGAGGGUGCGCAGUUCGAUCUCCAACGCUGGGGCGGCGAUGGCCGAAGCACUUGAGGCUUUCGAAGAAAACACAGUUGCAUAAGCAAACUCAGCGUUCGUCGGAAGUUGGUACUACUGUGAUCCCCAGAUUCCAAUUUUAUUUGGGCGCCUUCCUGUUUCAAUAAUCGGGUGGUUCCACCUUUCCUUCAUUUUCAAGGGCCAGGCGGAAGCCGAGUCUACUUCGACGUCUUCCUAUUUCAUAUCUCUUCCCACUUCUUCCGAACGAUGGUAAACAGAGUGAAUGGUUCUGAGGUCCGCCCACAUUUAUUGGAUCGGCGCUUGACCCUCCUGCUGGCGCCUCCAUUGCCGAUCCAAGAAGUCCGCGCAGACCUUUGAACUGUUUAUGUCUAUGCAGAUGUUUGGUAUUCGAGGCUAUGAAGAAGGCGACGUCCGAAGAUGCCCCCGCGAUUGGCGCUCGGCUGCAUGCGAAGACUGGCUUCGGCACGUGCACACGCAUGAACGCCAGGGCGGUCAUCGUGACCGAGGAGGGAUCCGGCAGGUGCUUCUACUACUGCUACGCGACACAGGCGGAGGCCGACUCCUACUUCAAUGCGAUCCUGUUGAAUGACAAAGCUUCUAGACGGGUUUGUCGUCUUCCGCGCGAGUCUCCUGGAUCGACGCCAGACCCCCUCUCCAUCCCGCUUCCCCGC